AACAAUCAAUGAUAACAACAAAAUUAAAUAAUACCUAUAUAAGGUUUUUGUAAAUUCUACUGAAUAAGUUAGGAAGAUCACAAAAAAAUAACUACUUCUUUAUGUUAACAUUAUAUAAAAGAUUUUAGAAUCUACAUUUUCCCAUGAUACCUAUUGGUUUAUACUUUAUAAUAAAUACCUAAAUGGCUAUAUACAAGACUACAAAUAAUAUACCCCCUAAUAUGAAUAAAAAUAUGCAUAUCAAUUUUACAAGAUCAAAUAAAAGUACAUACUAAUAAAUUAAUAUUAUUCACUUAAUUGCACCUACUUGAAAUAAGGUCAAAAUACCAAAAACAUUAUCUAUAAAAUAAAUACUAUCAUAGUCACUAUGACAAUUUAAUCAAAUAAAAUAAAUCCAAGUAACCAAUAAACAUUGUUAAAUUAUAGGUAUAUUUAGUUUAUAAUUUCAAUAUACAUUCUUAUGAAUUGUUAUUAUGAGUAGUAAAAUUGUUAAUUUACAUAGUGAUAGAUACAAGCCCAUUGAAGUAAUAGGCCAAGGAUCAUAUGGUAUAGUGAUGAAAUGCAAGGAUCGGCUAACGAAUGAAGUUGUUGCAAUAAAAAAAAUAACAGAUUCCUAUUUCUAUAUGCCUGAAGUAUUACGUGAAUUUAUGAUACAUAAAAUACUUAAUAAACACAUAAAUGUGAUAAGACUUUUAAAUAUUUUCCGUUUAAAAAGUUAUUUGUACAUUGUAUUUCCAUACAUGGAUUAUAAUAUGUGUCAGUACAUUAAUAAAUAUCAUCCAAAUGGCCUGGGAUAUGAUUUAACAAAAGGAUUUAUGAUACAAAUAAUCAAUGGUAUUGAUUACAUGCACAGAAAUUAUGUUGUACACAGAGAUAUUAAACCAGAAAAUAUACUAAUUAAGAAAAAUGGUCUAAUAAAAAUUUGUGAUUUGGGUAUUUCAAAAAUGUUAUGUGCACUGUCAUUUAAAGCAGAACCAAUUAUGACACCAGAUAUGGGUACUAUAUGGUAUAAAGCACCAGAAAUGUUACUUGGAACACAAAAAUAUGGUCCUGAAAUUGAUAUUUGGUCUUUAGGUAUAGUAUUUAUAGAAUGUACAAGUGGCCAUCCGAUAAUAACUCAAGAGACAUCUAUUGAACAAUAUCAAUCAAUUGUUAAAUAUUUUGGGGUAUCAAUCAAAGAUCAAAAGUAUUUAAACAGGAAAAUAAAGAAAAUUAAUAAAGUUGUUUCAAUAAAGUAUAUCAGAAAUAGUACAUUAAAAAAUGUUAGUAUGGCAUUAAAUAACAAAUUCCCUCAAUGGCCGAUUGAUUUAAUAGAAAUAGUAUCAAAAUGUUUAGAAUUCAUACCAUCAAAACGGAAAACUACAAAAUCUUUGUUAAAAACAUCAUACUUUGUAAAUGGACCAUUUUUAAAAUCAUUUAGAGAUAAUUUUAACAAUAUAUUAUAAAUAAAUUGUUCAA